GAGACAGGGUAUGUAGUCAUGGAGGGUACGGUAUGCGAGGUAUUUGAAUUCCAGCGUGCUGCAGCCUGGCGCUAGUGGGUACUGUUGAUGGAGGGAUUGGGGAUUGUGGAGGGCUUGUUUUGUGAUGACCUCAGCUGAUGAUGGGGAUGGGAGGCAUUGUUUUGGAAGAAUGGGUAUGCUGUGGAUGAGGGAUUUAGGAUUGUGGAGUGGUGUUUUUUUAUGACCUCAGCUGCUGAUGGGGAUGGGAGGCAUUGUUUUGGAAGAAUGGGUAUGCUGUGGAUGAUGGGUAGGUGAGUAUGGAUCAGCACAAAAGGAGGGUUGGGUUGCCAACGAAUCACUUCCCUUCCCGCAGGUGUUGUCUUAGGGUUUUUUGACGUUGAUGGGACGAGCAGAAACUUCGAGUUAAGAGACAGCGAUUCGAAAAUCCUGCAUACAAAUGGGGUUUUGUUCAGUUUGGGGUCUUUUUGGGACGGUGCAUUGAGCAGAGAAGCUGGGUUUAAUCUUGUUUUGUGUGUUGGAAGUGGUUUGUGGAUGUUAGGAAAGAGGGAAAAGGAAGGGAAAUGGAGAAAUUUUCAGGGAAUAGCUGUUGGAAGAUGGAAAGGAGUGGUGCAGGCGGUGGGGGGCCGUGGAAAGUGGCCCGGACUGACUCCUUCAACUGUACCGAGUCGAAAAUGGAAAUGGGCAGUGUUACUGAUGAUAAUCAGUAUCAUCUGAUGCGUAACAGUGGGCGCAGCAGUAGCAGUUUUGUGUCAGAGGACCGUCUGGCUGUCUCGCCUGCAAAUUCAAAUUCAACUCCUACCGAGGCGAUCGUAUUCGGUCAUGAAAGCAGUGCUGCCUGUGAGGGCAGGCUUUACAGAAGCGACUCAGUGAUUUCACCAGGAGGAACAGUUGGGGAAAGGUGCAGUUUGCCAGUGCCAUUUCACUUACACCACUACAAACCUGCAGGGAUGAUGCCUCCUUUGCCUUUGUGUUUUCCACCCAUGGGAAGAGGAGAGAUGGGGAUGGUAACAGCAGUACGUUCUUCGCCCUUUAGUCCAUCGCAAUGGCGGGAACUGGAGCAGCAGGCGUUGAUUUUCAAGUACAUGACGGCCGGCAUUCCAGUCCCGUCAGAUCUGCUCCUCACCUUUCGAAAAAGCCUGCCUCCAUUUGGUGCAGUUGCAGGAUCCUCACCCUAUCAUCAUCUUCCUCACACCACACUGACUUCGUGGAGCCCGUUUCAGAUGGGAUAUGGGGGAAAUGUUGAUCCAGAACCGGGCAGAUGUCGGAGAACUGACGGCAAGAAAUGGCGGUGCUCAAGAGAUGUGGUACCCGAUCAGAAAUACUGUGAGCGCCAUAUGCACAGGGGCCGUCAUCGCGGUUCAAGAAAGCCUGUGGAAGGCUACACCGCCACUACUACUAGUACUACUUCUAAUCUUCGCCAUAGCAGCACUUCCGGGAGAAAAGACUUGUCCUUGAGCAGUGCUGAUGGGAAUCAAUUUCAACACUUUUCAGUGCAGCAUAGUGGUGGUGGUGGUCAUGGUGGGCCAUCUCCAUCUGCCACAGUAAACGAAACCAAAGAUUGCAGGUACUUGAAUGGAAUUAAAGGCGAGGAUGAUAUUCUGUCAGCUAAGGUGUCGGGCAGCAAUGAAUGGCGGGUGGCGCCCAAAUACAAUGGGUCUUCUAGUUCUCCACAGCUAAAAAGUCUCAUGGGUCAGCAAUUUGGGCUUAUGAGCGAGGGAAACCAGGCUGAGAAUUUCGAUACAAAGCAACACCAGCAUUCUUUUUUGGGUGUCUGUAGUAACAGGAGAUAUGGGACUAUACAGGAGAGUGGGCAAGAGGAGAGGCCGUUGCGACAUUUCUUGGACGAUUGGCCUAGAUCGGAUACGGAGGAGAGUUCGAGAUCGAAACAGAAUAACUCCACCACCCAACUCUCCAUAUCGAUUCCAAGUGCCACAAACAGUUGGUCUCCUCGGGGCAAGUUAUCACUUUCCCCUCUGAAAUUAACAAUGUCUGGGGAUGGAAAUGAGGAGGAUCCUAUUGGAAUGGAUCCUGUUGAAAUGGGUCUUGGUGUGGGCAUGAAUAUGAAUAUGGACGUGGAAGAGCGGCAUGAUCGGCCACACAGCUGGAUACCCAUUGCAUGGGAGAACAAUCCAAUAGGGCUGUUGGGUCCCUUAGCAGAAGUUCUUCAGUCAUCAACACCAGGAGGGAACAAGCCUGGCCUUAAUCUCAUGGAGGAGGACAACAACAACAACAACAACAACAAAAGUGAGGAGCUUAGAGAGAGACAGAGUUCUGGAAGCUGCUUUGAAUCAUCCCCAACAGGUGUUUUACAGAAAACAUUUGGUUGUGUUUCAGACACCAACAGUGCAGCCACUUCCAAAACAGAUUCUUCAAGCCAAAUUGCUUCCUCAUAAGCCCUUCUUCUUCCUGUUGGGGUGGGCAUUGAGCAUAGAUGAUCAUUAGGACCUUAUAAUCACCUCACCUUACCUCCAUGGUUUCCUCAUUCUGGUUUAGAGACACGCUAAAAUAUACUGUUGGGAGACGUCUAGACAUUGUUUUAUGUACUACAUUUGUGUGUGCACCAUUACUACCAUAAUGCAAAUUUGUUGUUAGUUUUAUAACCCAUAUUACAAAUUUGCAGUUGAGUUGAGAUAUCCAGUGCGAGUGACUGUAUUCAUUGUGUUGCAGAAAGUGGAGGUGCUGGGAGAAUCAUGGGUUCUACUUCCAAUUGAUCAUCAUGCUCAAUCAUUCAUUCUAACUUCUCAUGGAGAACCCACCACUGGAGUUCACUUCAUUACAAGCUAUAAGCUAAGCUAAUCUAAGCUCUAUUUCUCUCAGGCUUUUGGGGUUUUGUUGAAAGUUUUUUUCAACUCCAUGAUUAUGCUUUGUUUCAACAGAGUGAAUCAUAUAUAUGUCUUACACCUUUUGUAUUAAAUCGAAGAAAAGCUUAAAUC